AUGUCUUCGUUCUCUACAAGCAGAUCUGCACCCAACUGGCGCAUGGAAUCCAAAGAGACGCGCACCAAUGUCCCCUCCGAGAUGAUACAGCAACUCACAGAGAUGAUUCCAUACCUCUCGAGCGAGGGACUCUUCGGCCACGAGAUACUGCAAAGGGUGAAAUUGCACGAUGUAUCGGUUUAUGAACGUCCUGAGGACGGAAAGACCUGCGCGCGCGUUGUCUUCAGACUGACAGUGGAACAUGAUAUGUUGAAUGUCGGAGGUAGCCUCCACGGCGGAUGCGGCGCGUUCUUGGUGGAUAUUUGCUCAAGCAUGGCUCUCUGGGCCCUUGGUGUCUACAAGAAUGACUUUGCGAAGGAAGAGAGCAACGCCGCGGCGUCCACCAAACACGUCUCGCAAGCGAUCAACAUGCUUUAUCACGGAGGAACGCACCUCGGUGCAGAGCUUGAAAUUGUGAACACGACGACGUCCUGGGGAAAACGAAUCUUGACCGCGCGGACUGAGAUUUGGGAUGCUACAAACCGUCGGCUUGUCGCGUCUGGUACUCAUGUCAAGAUGGAACCUUCAACUAAAUUGUGA